AUGGAGAGUCGUGGAAUGAGAGUGAGAGUGAGAGUGGCUUCAAUUGCCUUGGUGGUUGCUCUGCUCUGGAGCGGGGCAUCUGCGUCUGCGGGAGGCAUAACAAUAUAUUGGGGCCAGAUUACUGACGAAGCUUCCCUUGCGCAAACAUGCGCAAGUGGCAACUUCGAAAUUGUGAUUGUCUCGUAUCUACUCAUCAAUGGUACUAUCAACUCGGAGACCCCGGAGCUGAACCUGGCGGGCCACUCAACGAAUUCUUUGAACGUCGAUAUUAAAUCCUGUCAGUCCAGCGGCGUAAAGGUGUUUCUGUCCCUCGAUGGAGCCGUCGCAAACGCAGACCAUGCGCAGUACCUGUCUAGCUAUCUGUGGGACAACUUUCUUGAAGGGAAUUCGGGCUCCGGGCCUGUAGGAGACGCCAUUGUGGACGGCAUUGACUUUGGAAUCUACGAAGCCACCACACAGCACUGGGAUGAUCUGGCCUUGGCCAUCUCCAAUCUUAGCACCUCCUCAAAGAAGGUCUAUCUCAGCGCUGCUCCGCAGUGCCCCUAUCCAGACGCUUGGCUUGGAACGGCCUUGAAGACGGGGCUGUUCGACUAUGUGUGGAUCCAAUUCUUCAACAACAUUCAGUGUGAGUAUGUCACUGAUGCUACCGAUCUGUUGAGUUCAUGGAACGAGUGGACCAAUUCCAAAUCUGUACACACUGUUCAAACACGGGGCUUCUACCUCGGCCUUGCGGCUGCGCCUGGUUUUACUGGUACCGGCGGCUAUAUUGAGCCAGACAAGCUCAUCUCCGAAGUGCUUCCUCAGAUCAAGGCCUCUUCAAAAUAUGGAGGAGUCACGCUGUGGACCAAGUAUUGGGACGAGCAAACCAAUUAUAGCUCGUCCAUUAAACCGUACGUAAACAUAAGCGACGCACCUGCUGCAGACAUAGGCAUAUAUUGGGGUCAGAAUACCGAGGAAGCUUCUCUUGGGGAAACCUGCGCAAGCGGCAACUUCAAAAUUGUUGUUGUCUCGUAUUUACUCAUCAAUGGCACUAUCAAUGCUGAAACACCGGAGCUGAACCUGGCGGGUCACCCAACGAAUUCGCUGAACGCCGAUAUUAAAUCCUGCCAAUCCAGCGGCGUAAAGGUGUUUAUGUCCCUCGAUGGAGCCGUCGCAAACGCAGAGCAUGCGCAGGGCCUGGCUAGCUAUCUGUGGGAAAACUUUCUCGAAGGGAAUUCGGGGUCUGGGCCUGUUGGAGACGCCGUUCUGGACGGCAUUGACUUUGGCGACUACGAAGCAUCUACGGAGCACUGGGACGAUCUGGUCACGGCCAUUUCCAAUCUUAGCACCUCCUCCAGCAAGGUCUAUCUCAGUGCUGCCCCGCAGUGCCCCUAUCCCGACCGUUGGCUUGAUAAGGCCUUGCAGACAGGCCUGUUUGACUACGUAUGGAUCCAGUUCUUUAACAACCCUACCUGUGAGUAUGCAGAAAAUGACACUUCCAAGCUGGUGAGCUCGUGGAACGAGUGGAUCGAUUCUGUUCAAACUCUUCAAACACGGGGCUUCUUCCUCGGCCUUCCGGCUGCGCCUGGCUAUGUUUACAGCGGUGGGUAUAUUGAGCCAAACAUACUCACCUCCGACGUGCUUCCUCAGAUCAAGCCCUCUUCAAAAUAUGGAGGAGUCAUGCUGUGGACCAAGUAUUGGGACGAGAAAACCAAUUAUAGCUCAUCUAUUAAACCUGACAUAAUAAUGAAGCCAUCCCCUGUUGACGUGCCUACUUUGGCGUCUGUCUGAGAAGGAAAAAUAUGUAGUAGCAUUAAAUAACUGUUGAGCUUAAGUAUCGCUCAGCCUGCUUUCCUUCAACUCUU